GAUUACAACCUUUCUUGGGCUCCGGCAGGUCAGUUUUCCACUCUCCACACUUUGCAACACAUCUCUUUUCAAAUUAAGAAUUGAAGCGCUUUCUACCCUAGUGUAGUUUAUUUAGUGUUCUUGCCUCGUUAACGUUAGGGCAUUCAGAUAGAAACAAUGAUUCUUGAUAAGCUCAACUAAGAGAAGAUGAUUCCUUUGGUAAUUAGUCCAGGACAAGUAGCAUACUUUAACAUUCUACAUAAUGACCCAAGCAAACAAUUGAUGGUGAGCGAUCAAAAUAUAGAACAAUGCCCUCUUUCGAUCACUGCUCAACAGACCUCUUGUCGAUGCCUGAAUCUUAUUUCUCAAAACAUCAGGGCAGGACAUAUAGUUCCCAAUCUAGGGAGACCUCUUUUCGCUAUGAAUUAGCCACUGAAGAAUACCCAUCUCAAAGACCUCAACACCAAUCCUGUCUCCUUACUCUGAUGCUGCAUUGCACUAAUUUUCAUAUUCAUUUUUGUAGCUAUGAAGAUAUAUCUGUGUAGUUCCUAUCCGUGCGCCUUGUUGACACUGUCUUUCAAUUCAUUCCACUAUUGACAAAUUGUUUUCGUUUUUCCAGCUUUUGGGACAAUAUUCAACUGGUUUAGAAGUUGAAGGGUUUCAUCUUCUACAAAAACUUCUGAAGAGUCUGUUUGCCAUCAGAGUUAUAUAAUGGCUGCAUCUGCUAAGGUUCUUAUGCCUGACAAAUGUGCUGAGAGCCACGAUGGAUGGACAAUAGUCUUGCCUCGUGGCAAAAGAAGGUGUAAAAAGUUGGCUAAAAUUGGAUCACUGGGAGAAAAGGAAGGGAUAGUAUCAUGGAGUCCAACUGAUACCGAGUCCAGUGAAGACAUGCAAUCAAAGCUGAAAAACAAGAUGGUUGGCUGUAUGAAGAGAGUUGAGAGCUCAUUAUUCUGUCAAAACUUUUUGGAACAUAUGCAAACCCAACAAGUCAUGGACUGUUUCCGCAAGGUUCUUGAGGGCGCAGAGCAGAAGAAGAUGCAGAUGGUGGUAUAUGGCAUUGGCAGCAUCGAAUCGCACGACACCCCUUGACUGCAACUCAGCAUUGCCCUCUUGAUAAAGCGAGAGUUCAGUUGGAUUGGAGAUUUACAAGUGUUUGAUCCAAUCCUUUCUGGAACUGAGUGUCGAGUUCUCAAAGCUCUCGGCUGCUCUGUUCUCUCUGUGAACGAGCAAGGUCGACACCGAGCAAUAAGCCCGACUUUGUUCU